CGCUCGUUAAUUAGCGGUUCGAAGGUUCUAUACUGAUGGAAUACAUCAUCAAAUGUCCCGUCUGUCUAGAAACCUUCGAUGAUCCGCGCGUGCUCCCAUGCCAGCAUUCGUUCUGUAAGAAGUGCGUGACUGGGGUUGCUAAGGCCCGCCGCGGCCUGGUGGUGUGCCCACAAUGUCGCAGGGAGUCUUGGUUACCGCGUAAAGGCGUUAAAGGCUACCCUUCUAACAUCUUCAUAAAAAAUGUUAUCGACAUUCUCAACAAUGGGAGCGACGCCAGCAAAAGGCCUAUCAACUGCUCGAGCUGCGCGAGUAACGCAAUCGCGUCACAUAACUGUAUCUACUGUAACGAGAAGCUGUGUGGGGAAUGCGCGAUGACUCAUGGACAACGGCUGGGAAAUAAUGUUACUGAUGAGGUCCGACGACGGCACCAUGUCCUGGUGCUGCCGGGUGAUGUGAUUCACGAUAAUGCCGAUCAGGAAAAAUAUUACCGGAAGUGUCGUACUCAUCCUGAAGAAGACCUAAAGUACCACUGUGAUAAGUGCCAGUGCAAGGUGUGUUGGGAUUGCACCGUGCUUGCGCAUACAGGCCACAACGUACAACCCCUUGAUGAUGCAGUCAAGGAGUACCGCGGGCUCGUCAAGUCUCUGGUGAGUGAGGCAAGGGGGUGCUACUCUAAGCUUGAUCCAGUGCUGGACAAAAUCAGUCACGCUACGAACAGGGUGCAAAGCUCAUGCCAGGCCUGCUUCGGCGCCAUCAGAGAAGCGAAGGAGAGGUGUCUGUACGAGUUCUGCAAACAGCUGGACGCCCGAGAGAGUCAGCUCAUGCGCGACUUGCACAAGAUGUCAGAGGAUGAAGAGGUUCGUCUUAAGAGAGAACAAGAAAGGAUUCAGAACUACCUUACUCACAUUGAGCGGCUUGCCACCGAGAUAGAUGAAUCUGCCCACAAGAUUAAUACAGACUCAUUAAUUGAAAUUAAAUGGAAAAUGAAGGAGACUGUUUCCGAGCUCAUGCAAGCGCUCAAGGAAAUACCUACAUUAACCGGUAGAGGUGAUGUUGAGCUAGAGUUCACUGAGAAGUCUAACGCUGGUGAUUUACUGAAACAAGGAAUUGAGGGUAUGAUAGGAACCCUGAGGCUCACCCAAAGACAAGGAGAUCACGUGGAACGACCGUUAGAGACAGCAACGAUGUCGCCGAGUCACGUGACAGGCGAUGGAAGAAUACAUGAAACUGCGGAUUCCCAAGGAAGUGGGGGACAGACCGGCGUUACACAAGGCUCUGUAGAAGCUGACAUCCCCUGUGAUAGACCGUACAGAGAUACUUGCACCAUUUGCGGACGAACAAACCACGUGGCGAGACUUUGCCGCGCGAGGUAUGAUAUCUACGGACGACGCGUGCACCCUCGAGACACGUGCUUCCGGUGCGGCGAGGAGGGCCACUGGGCCGAGGAUUGUCUCCAGUCUUCUACUUCAGAAAACUCCUGGCAUACAGUAGGAGAACGUGGAGAGGCUGGUGUCCCAGGCCUGGUUAUUUGCCGGCGAUGUGGUCGACAUAGUCAUAAUGAAAGCGCCUGCUAUGCUACGUACGCUAUCAACGGGAGAAGGCUGUGAAUAUGGUGAAGUCUCAUGACAAUUUUUUGCUGUAGUUCUCUUUUGCCUCUCCUUGUCAGAUCCCUUUCAGUAAUAUUACUACACAAGCUUUGUCUGCGGUUUUAUUCAUGACUAGCUUGUUUUUCCGCAGAUUACGGAACGAAUCAACCUGUGAAACAUUGGUGUGAUUUUUUUGUUCUCUUUUUUAUUCCAACUAAUACUCAUUGGAAUAGGGUUAAUGAAAACACCAUUGCUGUGAAUAUCCCGUUUUCUAGCUUUCUUAAAUCGGGAUACCUUAGCGAAACAAUUAAAUAGAAGAGCAGGAA